CUUAUCAGUCAUCCAAUACGAGGGAGGAUCUUAAAUAAGCCGUAUAAAGCCCGUUGUAUUGGUUAGGAGAUUACACACCGGAGUGCUGGGACCUGGCGCGACCCUGAAAACUCAUUUCCAGAGAAAGAUCAUGACCCAGAACGGGACUAAAGCGAAUAGGCUGCCAGAGGAGAAGGUUUGCCCACGUCCGCUGAAGGAUGUGGAAGUCAGACAUACUAAGAUUUUUAUCAAUAAUGAAUGGCACUGCUCUGUUAGUGGGAAGAAGUUCUCCACAUAUAACCCUGCAACAGGUGCGAAGAUCUGCGACGUGGAGGAGGCCGAUAAGGCCGAUGUGGAGAAGGCAGUGGAGGCGGCCAAGGUGGCUGGCCAGAGGGGGUCUACCUGGAGAAGGAUGGACGCGUCCAGCCGAGGGAACCUGCUGAAUAAGCUGGCCGAUCUUUUGGAAAGAGACCGCCACCUACUGGCCACCAUGGAGUCGAUGGACACGGGAAAGCCCUUCUUACACUCCUUUUUCAUCGACCUGGAUGGCAGCAUCAAAACGCUGCGAUACUUUGCUGGAUGGGCCGACAAAAUCCAGGGCAGGACGAUGCCCGUGGAUGACAGCUUUCUGUGCUUCACUAGACAUGAACCAAUCGGCGUCUGCGGGGCAAUUAUUCCAUGGAAUUUCCCCCUGCUGAUGUUCAUGUGGAAGAUCGCCCCGGCGCUGAGCUGCGGCAACACCGUAGUCCUGAAGCCGGCCGAGCAGACGCCGCUCACAGCCCUCCACAUGGGGGCGCUGAUCAAGGAGGCUGGAUUCCCCCCAGGGGUCGUAAACAUCCUGCCUGGCUUCGGACCCACUGCAGGGGGUGCCCUGGCCUGCCACAUGGACGUGGAGAAGGUGGCCUUCACAGGGUCCACUGAGGUCGGGAAGCUGAUCCAGCAGGCAGCGGGAAGAGGCAAUUUGAAGAGAGUGACACUGGAGCUGGGAGGGAAGAACCCCUGCAUCGUUCUGGCCGACGCUGAUCUGCAGAAGGCUGUGGAGGAGGCCCAGCAGGGGGCGUUCUUCAACCAGGGCCAGUGCUGCACUGCCGCCUCGCGCAUCUUCGUGCAGGAGGACGUCUACCAGGAGUUUGUGCGCCUCAGUGUGGAACGCGCCAAGCGCGUGGUGCCGGGGGAUCCCAUGGACCCACGGACAUCGCAUGGGCCGCAGAUUGACCAGGAGCAGUUCGACAAGAUCAUGGAGAUGAUCAAGAGCGGCAAGCGGGAGGGGGCCAAGCUGGAGUGUGGGGGCGUCGCUGUCCGAAACCAGGGCCUCUACAUCCAGCCCACCGUGUUCUCCGAGGUCCAGGAUCACAUGCGCAUCGCAAAGGAAGAGAUCUUCGGCCCUGUGCAGUGCAUACUCAAGUUUAAAACCCUGGAGGAAGUGAUCCAGAGGGCAAACAGCACAGAAUACGGGCUGGUCGCCGCGGUAUUUACAGAGAGCGUGGACCAGGCGCUUUGCUUGUCCAGUGCCCUGCAGUGUGGGACUGUCUGGGUGAACUGCUACAAUGCUCUGCACGCCCAGACUCCCUUCGGCGGCUACAAGAUGUCCGGCUUCGGGCGAGAGCUGGGUGAGUACGCACUGAGAGAGUACACCGAGGUUAAAGCAGUGACCAUCAAACUGAAGGAGACGCCGGGGGAGAUCAGCAGAGACACACUGCCCCUGUAGCAGGGGACCAUGAUUGGGGGGGGGGGGGGGGGG